CUUUGUGAUUUCGAACAUUCAACAAUCACAAUUCCAAGAUGUUCGUUCUACUUGUAUUUCUUGCGUUAGGAUCAGUUAGCACCCACGAUAUUAUAGUGGGCUCAAGUACUGGUGACAAAAAAGUAUUUGACGAACAUUUCCAAGCUAGUCCUGCAGUGUGGAGGCAAACACAAAAUGUUACGAUCAAUACAACAGACGACGAAGUUAUCAGCCGCAUAGUUGUAACAGAUUUGAGGGAAGAAAAAGAUGGAGAUGCGAAAAUCGUUGACGGCGGACAGGGACAGAAGAAAGUGACUAUAGAACUAAAAAGUCCUACAGUUCUCAGAGGAUACGAUUUCAAUGUGGAAGUAUACGCUGAACCGAAUAAAGAAUUUCAAGCUAAUCCCCUGACUAAAAAUAUACCACCUCAUCUAAGUGAAUUUAAAACAAACGCUGGUAAUUUGAAUACGCAUAAUCCAGGAAGCAAGGUCACACUAACCAAUUUCGAUGUAACAACUAAAUCGCCUGAAAUACCCAAGAUUCAAACUUCAUCACAAACACCGAAAAAUGCUAGAGAAACUCGUGAUGUAGAAAUUAAGAAGCCCGAAGAAAACAAACCAAAAAUUGCACCUUCAAUAUUUGGACAUCAGAAUAAGGUUUCCACAACCGUAAAACCUACAGAUAGUAACGCGCCGGCUACUGCCAACAGCAGACUAUUUGGCGAAGAAGAUGAAGACGAGGAAAAGUCUACUGAGACUGUUUUAGGAAAAGACAAUAAAAAUAAAGACGAAGCAAGACACAUUGGGGGCACACAUGAAGAUACAAACAAGAAUGCACCAAAAUCUGGAAGCAUCGACACUAAAACAGCUACAACUAGCACCACAUUUAAGACCCCAAGUUACAACAACGUGAACAGAAUUAAUCUUUCAACUGGCCAUCCUGUAUCGGUAGCAGAUGAUAGAGAGACAAGGGCCACACAUAAGGAAUACGAAAAUGCAAGUCCUACUUUGGUACCAAGUCAGAAAAACCCUUCAGUCUACACUCCAAACUUGGGUUAUGUUCCAUCGAUCAUCAAAGAUGCUCAAAUUAAUAAUAAUAAACCUAUAAAGGAUGAAAAAAGAGACGCACGUGACACACACGAUGAAGCUAAAACUACUCCAAAAGUAUUGGCUGAUGGUUUAACAAACAUUGAAACGAAUCAAAAUACAGAAAAUGGUACUAAAGAUGAAGAGAGGAAUACUCGCAGUGCUCAAACUGUUCCUAAAAUUACUCCCAUUAACAUAGAUGUAGAAGAAGUAACCUCUACUACUGCCCAAACAUUCAUAAACAAAGAUAAGGAAUUAAAAAAUGGCAACACUGAUAAACAAACUUUAAAUCCACCAGUUUUGACUAGAACUCAAAAUUAUCCUCUGCCAUACCCUUAUGAAACUACCCCUAAGAUAGCAACUACAACUAAAUCUCCCCAAAAAAGAGAUACACCGUUAGAUUCGGUAGAUAAGAAAAGUGUAAACCCUAAAUUAUUUGCCGGUCAAAAUGCAACAUCUCAUCACAACUCACCAAUAGUGUCUUUACAGUAAGUUAUUUUGUUCUAUUGUUUUGUAUAAUUUGUAAUGUAUGUGGAAUUUUGUUAGGAUUGAGUACAAAAUUCUAAAAUGUUUUUUUUUAAUAUUUUUAUUUAAUAAUUAUUUUAAACAAAUGUGAUUAAGGCCGAUGAUAGUAAUUAAAUCUAAUUAUGUCACGACCCUUAUAGUGAUGAAAUGUGUUAUCAAUUUAAAACCAUUAUUUUGUUAUAUUGCCUAAUAAAAGCCAUCAUGAUAUAAAAAGCAUUUUAUUAAUUACAAAGUGUAAAUCACUGUAACAAACUGGAAUAGGUUCAUUUGUAAAAAAUAUUGCCACUUACAUAUUUAAAUAACAAAUUAAAUUACAAUAACAUUUA